UCGACUUAAAAUGUAUGAAUACGUUAAGUUGGGCCGAAAGUUUAUGACUUUUUGUACAUUUUUCAUGUAUAGUGGUGGUAUUUCUUAUCAUACUGUUAUGCCAUUUUUUUUAAACGUUUCUCCAAUGAUAGGAAAUAAAACAAGACGUCCUCAUAUUUAUUUUGGAUAUGACUCUGUUUUUGAUUCCCAAGCUACUCCAACUUAUGAAAUAGUUUUUUUUGUUCAUCUAGUGGGUUCUAUCAUAACUUAUACAUUGGCAGUAGCAGCAUGCAGUUUGGCUGCAUUAUUUGCAAGCCAUAUUUGUGGACAAGUUGAUAUACUUAAUACAUUACUGUAUGAUCUGGUUAGUGAUACAAAUCAAUCAUCGAAAAAAUUACUUGAUCGUCAAAUAGCUGUUAUCAUCAAAAGUCAUGUAAGAAUUUUAAGAUUUGCAGAGAUGAUUGAACAAAUGUUACGAGAAAUUUGUCUUGUUGAAGUGUUAGCUUCAACAUUAAUCAUAUGUUUACUUGAAUAUUAUUUUUUGAUGGAAUGGACUAAUAGUGAAACGAUUGUUCUAGUAACGUACAUUGUGUUAAUAAUUUCACUGAGUUGUAAUAUGUUUAUUUUUUGUUAUAUUGGAGAAAUAUUACAAGAGCAAUGUGCAUCUAUUGGACAAUCAACUUACAUGAUUAAAUGGUAUCAAUUAAAUGGAAAAGCAGGAUUAUCUCUGAUGCUUGUAAUUGCAAUGGCCAAUUAUCCACUCAAAAUAACUGCCGGGGGAUUGAUGGAUUUAAAUAUAAGAAGUUUUGGUAGCAUAAUUAAAACAUCAGUAGUAUAUUUAAAUAUGUUGAGAACUGUGACAGAUUGA